UAGAAAUCUGUGGCAUUGUGGGACGGUUUCAAGACUGCCGACCGCCAAGUUGCUUCGUGUGUCCAGGGCAGGUCUAGGGCAGGUGACAGCGCCGUGACCUACCACCAUGGAAGGAGACGGACUUUUUGAUGAAGAAACCCAAACGGUCGAUGCCAACCAGGAUAAUGUGGCUGUCAAAGGUUUUGAUAAAACCUGCCUCGUUUCCUUCGGGGAAUCCGAAUGAGGGAGAUCACAGACACCUUCGCUGGGAAGCCAAGGACAUUGCUGUAUAAUCAGUGGAUGAAAGGAUUUUCUCAGACUCUUUUUUCCCCCUUUUCCUUGAGGAUUUAUCCACCACAGUCGACAAUUCCACCGGAACCUGCCAGGCACACGAUGUGGCCGAAGCCUAGAGCACCUUCAGAAUUGUUCUGGAACCCUUCCUUCAGCACAGGGGGGUUUUAACACAUGCUGCCACUUCUCUGCCGCCCCAUCCCCCAGCCCCCUGCUCCAAUUGCUUCUCCUUAAUCUGUUCUUGUUUUCUGAAUUAAGUUCCAUUUCCAAAACUGUUCUCUGGAGCUAUAAGUGGAUUGCCAGAAAUGAGAGAUUAGGAGCCCGGAGAAGAGGAAGCGCCUUGUGCUGUGUCUCCUGCCGCUGCCGACAUGAAGUGCUUUUUCCCAGUGCUGAGCUGUCUGGCUGUGCUGGGUGUGGUGUCAGCACAGCGGCAGGUCACCGUCCAGGAAGGACCCUUGUACCGCACGGAGGGCUCCCACAUCACCAUCUGGUGCAACGUGAGUGGCUACCAGGGACCUUCCGAGCAGAAUUUCCAGUGGUCCAUUUACCUGCCCUCUGCCCCGGAGCGCGAGGUGCAGAUCGUCAGCACCUCUUUCCCUUACGCCAUCUAUACCCAGCGUGUGCGCAGUGGGAAGAUCUAUGUGGAGAGAGUCCAGGGGAACUCGGCCUUGUUGCACAUCACGGAUCUCCAGGCCCGGGAUGCGGGGGAGUAUGAAUGUCACACACCCAACACCGACGAGCGGUACUUUGGGAGUUACAGUGCCAAGAUGAACCUAAUGGUGAUCCCCGACACCCUGCAGGCCACUGCUGUGCCCCAGACUCUGCACAAAGUGGAGCAGGACCCACUGGAGCUCAGCUGUGAGGUGGCCUCAGAGACAUUCCAGCAUGGUCACCUGUCUGUGGCCUGGCUGCGGCAGAAAGGCGGUGAGAAACCGGUAGAGGUCAUUUCCCUGAGCCGAGACUUCGUGCUUCACUCCAGCAGUGAAUAUGCCCAGAGGCAGAGCCUGGGGGAGGUGCGGCUGGACAAACUGGGGAGGACCACCUUCCGCCUCACCAUCUUCCACCUGCAACCUUCCGACGAGGGCGAGUUCUACUGCGAGGCUGCUGAGUGGAUCCAGGAUCCGGAUGGGUCGUGGUAUGCCAUGACACGGAAGCAUUCCGAGGGAGCUGUGGUCAACGUCCAGCCUACUGACAAAGAUUUCACCGUUCGUUUGGAAACGGAGAAGAGGCUGCACACAGUGGGUGAGCAGGUGGAGUUCAGGUGCAUGCUGGAGGCCCAGAACAUCCCCGACCGGUACUUUGCCGUCUCUUGGGCCUUCAACAGCUCGCUCAUCGCCAGCAUGGGGCCUAAUGCCGUGCCAGUCCUCAACAGUGAGUUUGCCCACCGAGAAGCCCGGGGACAGCUGAAAGUAGCCAAGGAGAGCGACAGUGUCUUUGUGCUGAAGAUCUACCACCUCCGCCAGGAAGACAGUGGAAAAUACAAUUGUCGUGUGACGGAGCGGGAGAAAACCGUCACUGGGGAAUUCAUCGACAAGGAGAGCAAGCGUCCCAAGAACAUCCCCAUCAUCGUCCUACCCCUCAAAAGCAGCAUCUCCGUGGAGGUGGCCAGCAACGCCAGUGUCAUCCUCGAGGGCGAGGACCUGCACUUCUCCUGCAGCGUCCGCACGGCAGGCCGACUGCAGGGACGCUUUUCUGUCAUCUGGCAGCUCGUGGACAGGCAGAACCGCCGCAGCAAUAUCAUGUGGCUGGACCGCGAUGGCACCAUGCAGCCAGGCUCGUCCUACUGGGAGCGCAGCAGUUUUGGGGGUGUCCAGAUGGAGCAGGUGCAGCCCAACUCAUUCAGCCUGGGCAUCUUCAACAGCAGGAAGGAAGAUGAGGGCCAGUAUGAAUGCCACGUGACCGAAUGGGUGCGGGCAGUGGAUGGCGAGUGGCAGAUCGUCGGGGAGCGCAGGGCCAGCACUCCCAUUGCCAUCACAGCACUCGAAACGGGCUUUGCAGUCACAGCCAUCUCCCGGACGCCAGGGGUGACCUAUAGUGACUCCUUUGACUUACAAUGCAUCAUCAAACCCCACUACCCAGCCCGGGUCCCCGUGUCGGUGACAUGGCGCUUCCAGCCAGUGGGCACUGUCGAGUUCCAUGACCUGGUGACCUUCACCCGGGACGGAGGGGUCCAGUGGGGAGACAGGUCCUCCAGCUUCCGAACUCGCACUGCCAUCGAGAAGGCUGAGUCGAGCAAUAACGUCCGCCUGAGCAUCAGCCGAGCCAGUGACACGGAGGCGGGCAAGUACCAGUGCGUGGCCGAGCUGUGGCGGAAGAACUACAACAACACCUGGACACGGCUGGCUGAGAGGACCUCCAACCUGCUGGAGAUCCGGGUGCUGCAGCCAGUGACAAAGCUGCAAGUGAGUAAGUCAAAGCGGACCCUCACCCUGGUGGAAAACAGGCCCAUCCAGCUGAACUGCGCGGUCAAGUCUCAGACCAGCCAGAAUUCCCACUUCGCCGUGCUCUGGUACGUCCACAAGCCCUCGGACGCCGACGGCAAGCUCAUCCUCAAGACCACCCACAACUCCGCCUUUGAGUACGGCACCUAUGCUGAGGAGGAGGGCCUGAGGGCCAGGCUGCAGUUUGAGAGGCACGUGUCAGGGGGGCUGUUCAGCCUCACUGUGCAGAGAGCUGAGGUCAGCGACAGUGGCAGUUACUACUGCCACGUGGAGGAGUGGCUGCUGAGCCCCAACUACGCCUGGUACAAGCUGGCAGAGGAGGUUUCAGGGCGCACGGAAGUCACUGUGAAACAGCCAGACAGCCGCCUGAAGCUCAGCCAAGCCCAGGGGAACCUGUCGGUCCUGGAGACCCGGCAGGUGCAGCUGGAGUGUGUGGUCCUGAACCGCACCAGUGUGGCCUCCCAGCUUAUGGUGGAGUGGUUCGUGUGGAAGCCCAACCACCCGGAGAGGGAGACGGUAGCCCGCCUGAGCCGGGAGGCCACCUUCCAGUACGGAGAGCAGGCAGCCAAAAACAACCUGAAGGGGCGGGCGGGACCUACGGCUGCCGCGUGGAGGAGUGGCUGCCCAGCCCCAGUGGCCUGUGGUAUAAACGGGCGGAGGACACAGCGGGGAACAUGGCUGUAACCGUCACGCGACCAGAUGCCGCCUUACAGGUGGACACAGUGGUCCCCAAUGCUACGGUGUCCGAGAAGGCAGCUUUCCAGCUGGACUGCAGCAUCGUGUCUCGCUCAAGCCAGGACUCUCGCUUUGCUGUGGCCUGGUAUUCCCUGAGGACUAAGGCUGGAGGGAAAAGGGGCAGCUCUGGUCUGGAAGAGUCAGAGGAGGAAAGGGGAGAGGAAGAGCGAGAAGAAGAGGAGGAGGAGGACCCAACCGAGCGGACGGCGCUGCUCAGUGUGGGCCCCGAUGCUGUCUUUGGCCCAGAGGGCAGCCCCUGGGAGGGCAGGCUGCGGUUCCAGAGACUCUCCCCGGUGCUCUACCGGCUCACGGUGCUGCAGGCCAGCCCCCACGACUCGGGCAACUACUCCUGCCGUGUGGAGGAGUGGCUGCCCAGCCCUCAGAAGGAAUGGUACCGCCUGACCGAGGAGGAGUCGGCCCCCAUCGGCAUCCGUGUUCUGCACACAGGCUCCAGCCUCCAGUCCAUCAUCUGCUCCAACGACGCGCUGUUCUACUUCGUCUUCUUCUACCCCUUCCCCAUCUUUGGCAUCCUUAUCAUCACCAUUCUGCUGGUGCGCUUCAAGAGCCGGAAUUCCAGCAAGAACUCCGACGGGAAGAACGGGGUGCCCCUGCUGUGGAUCAAAGAACCACACCUCAACUACUCCCCGACUUGCCUGGAGCCCCCUGUGCUCAGCAUCCACCCAGGGGCCAUAGACUAGAGCGGACUUCGCAUCGAACGCCAGCCACGCAGGAGCCGCAGUGCCCCUCGCCGCCUCCCGCUCUGUGAUUGGACAGCACCCGACGUCUGGCCGACUGUCAGACUUCCGUUCCGAGGUCGCGCUCCGGCGCAGAGACAGACCGCCGCUAGGUGGCAGUCUUGGUUGGUUCGCGGUUUGCGCGCACACGUGAAUCUUGCCCUGAUAGGUUUCUUGUUUUUCGGUUUUCGGUAACGUAGUGAGUAGCUUCAGGUGCCGCAUCUACUCACUGAUUUAUCUAGUGUUCUCAGAUAGAUGUUACAAGGGUCCGUAAUCUUUGUAAUGUACUCUUUUUAAAUCCCUUUGGUUUACCCUCCGGAUUCCGUGACGUUGUGGACGAAUUUCUCCGUACAUGCAACUGAGGGAUGGCAAAAGGAAGGACAGACUUUAUAGCGACGAGGGAUCUCUUCCAAGACUUUUUUUUUGUUUUUGCACAUUUGAAAAUGCCACCCAUGGAUCAAAAUAUAUCCAAACCUUUUUUACUUUCUUAACAAGACUUGAAAAUUGUGUGUAGCCUGGGCCCAAUUUGUAUCUUAUCUUUUCCCUCAGCCGGAGUUGUUGGAACCACUUUGUAGUCAAGAUGAAAGCAUUGAAUUUUGCUUCAAAGAACUGUAUAUGUACAAGAGAAAUCCUACAUAACCCCAUUAGGAGUAGAUGGUGUCCGGCCAGCCUAUCUGUCAGGCAGGCAAAAAAGGCCGCAUCCCAUCCUUGCCCCCAAAUAUGAAAACUGUCUAGGAGAAUGGGUCAAAAGCUGCAGACAGCACACACUUUUCCGAGUUAAAGUGGGCAGGGGCCGCUUUGAGCAGGUACUGACUUUCAGAUUGAUCAAAGCCAGUGGUUUGAGAAGCAAGAAAAACAAGGCUGCUUGUUGGCAGGCUCUGAUCUGCACUGCAAUCUUUGGGGACUGAGCAGGUGGGCCGCUGUCUUCAGGUGCUUUGUGAACCUUUCAAGGGAAAGUGUCUGGCGAGCCCAGGAAGGGGGAUAGCUCAGCACAGGUACAGAAGCAGCCGCUGUGCACACUCAGUGGAGGGCACUGGGCCAGCUGGUAUUAAAUUUGCAGACAUGUGAGGACAGUGAGGGAUCGAGGUGGAUGUUUCCAGGACCUGAUGUUGACACGUGAGAAGGAAUGACUACCUCCCUGGAGGCAUGAAGACUAGGUUUUCCUUAAAGAUAGCGGUUUACCUAGUUUCAGCAGAUAGCGAUCCUGUGCAUUGUCUCUGGGUUUUUUUUUGACCCUUCC